AUGGAACCGACCUAUUUCACCUGCACUUUGGGGCAGGCUUCUCAAUAUCACAAUGGGAAACCCUUCAACACAAUUGAUAAAUUCGUUGAGAGUCAAGCACAGAGUGAACCCUCCACACCAGCUGUUGGCUUCUUUUCGCCCACAACUGACGGACAACCAUGGAAGUCGCAAAUCUUGACUUUCCAGGACGUCCGACAAGGCUCUGCUAUUGUGGCAGAAGCACUGUCGAGCAAGUUAAACUCCCGUCCGAAUCAGACGGUAGGACUUCUCUGUCCUAGCUCACCAGAGUUCCUACUCACGUGGCUAGCCAUCAUGAGGCUCGGGCAUGCGGCGCUACUAAUUGCACCACAAUGCUCCCCAUCCGCCGUGGCUCAUCUAUGCAAGUCCUGCGACGUAAAGUACCUGCUUUACGAUGAGGUGUACGAAAAACUCGCGGACAAUGCUCUGAGCGAGUUCUCUAAGGAAGGGAAAGAUUCUAUGGAAAGUCUACACCUUCCCUUUGCGGGAGAGGAUAUCUUCGACGUUAUCAGACGUCCACUUUCCCGUGCCCUUGAGGAACCAGUCACUGUCCAUGAGUCAGAUAUUGCGUACCUCCACCACACCUCCGGCACUUCCACAGGCAUGCCCAAACCCAUCCCACAAACCCAUCACGGGGGUCUAGGAGUACUACCUAUUCUUGACGACAGGAAAAGGGCUUCAUUCACCACCACACCACUUUAUCACGGCGGCGUAGCUGAUCUCUUCCGAGCGUGGAUGAGUAAUGCGUUGAUAUGGCUGUUUCCGGGGAAGAACGUCCCAAUCACGGCUGGGAAUGUAUGCAAAUGUCUCGACGCAGCAGCAGCGGAUGAAGUGACCCCAAAAGUCAAGUAUUUCUCCUCCGUGCCAUACGUGCUGCAGAUGAUGGGGGAGGACAGCAAUGGUCUGGGACAUCUUCAGCGAAUGGACGUUGUUGGUGUCGGAGGCGCUGCUUUGCCAGCGGAAGUUGGAGAUAGGCUCGUUGACAGCAAAGUCAAUCUGAUAUCACGGUUUGGUAGUGCAGAAUGCGGAUUUCUGAUGUCUUCAUAUCGAGACUUCGACAACGAUAAAGAGUGGCAAUACCUCAGAUCAGAUCCUAGCAAGGGGUACCUCAAAUUCGAGCCUCAAAAGGAUGGCCUCUCCGAACUCGUCAUCCAACCGCAUUGGCCUCAUAUGGCCAAACGCAACCGCGAGGACGGAUCUUUCGCCACAGCGGACCUUUUCGCACCUCAUCCUACCAUACCAAACGCAUGGCGAUAUCACUCCCGGGCGGACUCCCAGCUCACGCUCAUUACCGGGAAGAAAUUCGAUCCAGCACCACUUGAAGACGCCAUUCGUGCUUCCUCAUCCUUAAUCGACGAUGCACUCAUCUUCGGAAACGGCCAGCCAUACCCUGGCGUACUCCUCUUUCCCUCCGAGGCUGCAGCCUCCAAAGGAGAUGACGACCUCAUCAGCGACCUGUCGUCUUACAUCGAGAAACUGAACAAGGAAAGCCAAAGUCAUGCACGAAUCCCCCGGAAUAUGCUCAUUCCCAUGCCAUACACCGUGCAGCCUCUGGAGAAGAGCAGCAAAGGCACAAUUUUGCGCAGGGCGGCCGAAGAACGCUACGCGGAGAUUAUCACCAAGGCAUACGAGAACGUCCUUCCCGAGCGCAACUCUGAAGUCCUGGAUACCGACAUCCCAAAGACAAUCCGACAGAUCGUGACCAAUGUCGUUGGCGAACGCGGACAUACAGACCAAGAGUCUUUAGACGACGAUACCGACCUCUUUGCAUACGGCGUAGACUCUGUCGGAGGGAUCCAGAUCCGCCAUGCACUAUCCCAGCUGAUUCCCAAGGGCUCAACCUUGCCGCUCACCGUUGUCGAGGACCAGGGGAGCAUAUCUCGACUGAGCGCCUUGAUUCUGCGAAUGCGCUCGGGGGAAUCUGUCAACGGCACGCAGGACACCGACCCAGACCAGCAACAACUCAUGCUCGAUCUGGCAAAACAAUACAGCACUUUCACCGAUCCUCAUGCCUCGAGCAACGCUCAAGCUCCAUCGACUUCACCAGACGACAAGCAGACAGGUCUUCAAAUCCUGCUCACCGGUCCAACCGGGUCCUUGGGCUCUCACAUUCUACACAAUCUCCUGUCCAACCCUCACGUAGCUCACAUCCACCUCCUCGUCCGCGGCAGCACACCUCACGCCUCCCGUGAGCGUGUCCUCAAGGCCCUCACAUCCCGCCAGCUUCCCAUUCCAGAAGACUUCUCCAACAAAACGACAAUAUGGCAAUGCAAACUGUCCAACCCCGACCUCGGCCUUUCCAAGACAGACUACACCCACCUCUCCAGCACAGUCGACGUGAUAAUCCAUCUAGCAUGGAGCGUCAACUUCCUUCUCCCACUCCGGACGUUUGCCGGUACACACCUAUCCGGCCUGAGGAAUCUAAUCGACCUGUCGUUAUCCAGUCCGCGCCCAAUGCCACCACGCCUGAUAUUCUGUUCCAGCGUGGCAUCUGUAUCACAGUAUCCUUCUCUGCCAGAUAUUCCGGACGCAGCCGUCCCUGAAAGGUCAAUGACCACUCCCUCUUCCUCCGGGCCCACAGGCUACGCGCGCUCGAAAUGGGUCGCUGAAGCGAUAUGUCUUGCCGCGCACAAGUCGACACGUUUACACAACCGUAUUUCGAUAUCUCGUGUCGGUCAAAUCUCCGGUGCAAGCGAUACAGGUGUAUGGAAUGCUUCCGAGGCGUACCCAUUAAUGCUAUCGAGCAUGAAAGCUACGGGUGUGCUUCCGGACUUGCAAAACGAGGUGUUGAACUGGUUGCCGGUGGACAUUGCCGCCCACGCCUUCGUUGAAGAUGUACUAUCAGUA